AUGUCGACAAUAAUCAUCAAUGAAAUUCCAUUGAAACAAUUGGUAUUUGAAGCAAUGAAUGAAGCUGUUAUUAUUGUUGAAAAAAAUAUUCAAGCUUAUAUUGAAAUAGCAACUGCCAAAAAAACAAAAAUUUUAAGUCAAAAAAAUAAAUUUAACAAAUUACCAACAGUUGAGACUGUUAUGAAUGCUAUUGAAAAUCGUCAACGAAAUAUGGUUCAACGUGCUCAAU